UAUAGUAACCAGCCGGGGCCUGAGAAGCUGGGGCAGGUGAGUGCGGCGCCAGAAAAGGGCGGGGCGCGAAAUAAGAUCCCGACAGGCGGGCGCGGGGCGGGGCGAUGCAGGCAGGGGAAUGGGCUGGCCUAGUGAGAUCCGCCCCGACCGGGCAGCACUACCAGAGCGCUGUUGCCUGGAGACCGCGGGACGCCGUUGCCUGGAGACAGCGGGGACGCGCUGCCUGGAGACUGUGGAAGGCCCAGGCAAGAGGGCGCGGGGCAGCCCAAGGCCAUGGCGGGACACCCAAGAGAGAAGGUGAUUCCAGAUGAGGUCCAUCAGAACCAGAUCUUGCGGGAACUGUACCUCAAGGAGCUACGAACCCAGAAACUCUACACGCAGUAUCACGUGAAUCCCCUCCGCAAGAUUCACACAAUCACCAGGAAGCCCAUGUCUUGGCAUGACAACCUGGAGGAACCUGCAGAUGCCAGGUUUCUGAAUCUCAUUCACCAUACUGCCCAGGGACCAAGGAAGAAGUACCCAGAGACACAGACUGAAAACCAGGAAGUUGGAUGGGACUUAGAGCCCUUGGUCAACCCAGAACGCCAUGACCGCAGGCUGAAUCACUUCAGGGUCUGCAGUGACAUCACUCUGUACAAGGCUAAAACAUGGGGCUUAGGAGAUGAUCGCCACAAGUAGCAUCCCAGCAGAGGAGCCCAUCUGUGGAUCUAAUGCCCUAAGUGUGCACAGCCCAGAGAAAUAAAAUAUGACUUUAAAG